AAAGCUGGAACGACAUCCACUAACGGUACAGAAUGUCUACCAUGUUCUCCAAAUUUCUAUGGUGAUAAGUGUAAAUAUGUCUGUAACUGUCAAUAUCGUCAAAGAUACUUUGUUCCCAAAAAUUACAACAGAUAUUUCUGGUGCAAAGGACACAGGCACUCCGAUAAUAUACUUCAUGUUGGUUGCUGCUGGUCUCAUCACUUGGUUAAUAUUUUGCUGGACGUGUAGUAAUCGUUUUAACAAGAGAAUACAAUCAGGAAGAUCCGUAAUACCUCAGUUGGCACUGCAAUCAAACGUCCCGCCAGCUAUGCCAGAAGGUCAAGGGCAGCAAAUCAGCAAUACAUGUAUAGAAACGAGAAACACUGAAGAAACAAAAACAAGCCAAAACAGAAAUAUGCAUAUUCGUAUAUCAGUUAAAAGCCAACACAUCUAUGAUAGUGUUGAUGAUCUUGUUAUCGACCCACAUAAGCCACAAGAACAUGUUAACACCGAUGGUUGUCAAGCUGCUUGUGUUCAAUCAACAGAUGAUACCGAUUGCGACUCAUGCAAUGCUAAUGUAACAAAAAGGGAAACUUAUCUCAACCCAUAUAAUACCCUGAAAGAUAAGAGAGACACUAAGGUACACGAAUACAUUGAAAUACCUACAACAGCAGAAGAUUAGUGUACACAAUUAUAGUAUUAAUCUUGUGUUCUUUUUCUUUAUUUGACAUUGAUAUUUGGGUAAAUUGUCUAUACUAAGCUAGAAUUUGUUUUUGAUACUUAUACAUGUACA